CGGGAGCAGACGUGCUUUCUUCCGAUGCGGCCCGUGGCGCCGGUUCGCCGCUAUCUCGAAGAGGCGCGGAGCAUUUGAGCGGCACGCGGUCUUCCGAGGCUCGACGUGCUCGCUGCAGUUGAUACAUUCACCUGCCCAUCCGCCGUGCUCUCUCCAUACUGCGUGUCAUUUUGUGGUGUUCCUCAAAGACACUACGAGAGUUUCGCGCACUUCAUUAGACCUCACGUUCUUCGUCAGUGCAGCACGCAGAGACAAAACGAAGGGAACUUUGGACCGACGUUCACGCCCCGGUUGCACUGUGCACCUUUAUUUUUCCCUGCUUUAAUUUUUUUUCCUUCCUCGCCGACAUGCGCAUGGUGGAACGACGGAAUCUCCCGCUGUGGAUAACGCUGGUCGUCGCCUCCUGCGGCGGUCUUGUCGUCGACAGCGUGCGGCCACCGUCCGACGAGCGGCCCACGGGUCCCAGCUUCGUCAUGGAACCCCCGAGCCGGGUCACCUUCUACAACAGCACGGGUGCCCUGGUGCCGUGCACGGUGCAGGGAGACCCGCGGCCCGACGUGCACUGGGUGCGCGCCAGCACCGGGCUGCCCGUCCGCGACGUGCCGGGCGUGGUGACGGCCCGCGCCGACGGCACGCUCUCGUUCGCGCCCUUCAGGGCGCAGGACUACCGGCAGGACGUGCACGCGGCCACAUACCGCUGCGUAGCGUCCAACGGCGCCGGAUCCGUGGGAAGCCGCGACGUCCAAGUGAGAGCGAUUAUCCGGUCGGCGUACGAGGUGACCACGUCGGACGUGUUCGUGAUCCGGGGCAACACCGCAGCGCUCCGCUGCGAAGUGCCGGCUUCGGUACGCGACUUCAUUCACGUCGUCUACUGGGAGACAGAUGACGGCCUGACGCUGCACAGCGGCACGCUUGAAGACAAGUACCAGAUAUCGACGGAGGGGGACCUAGUCAUCGACCGCGUCGACAUGGCCGACGCGAGGCGCAAGUACCGCUGCAUCACGCGCAACGUUCUCGUCGGCGAGACCGUGUCCGGCUCCAGCUGGGCGCAGCUGCUUGUUACCGACACGUCGAACUACCUGCCGCCUCGGAUCCGCAGACUGAAGCAGACGGUGAAACUGUCGGCCGGCGACCCGCUUCGUCUGGCAUGCGUGGCACAAGGGUACCCUGCGCCCACCUAUCGCUGGUACCGCAAGAAGGACUCGCUCACCAUCCCGCUGGGCUCCAGCACUGGAAGCGGAGGCAGGAUACGCGUGUACCGAGGCUUCCUGCUCGUCCAGUCCACCAUGCGACAGGAUGCCGGCACCUUCGUGUGCGUCGCCAAUAACACGGCCGGUGAAGACCGCGCCCUCUUCGAAGUCGUCGUGACUAUGCCUCUGAAGGUGACCGUGAGUCCGAGCAGCGUGCUGACUCGCGAGGGACGCACCGUGGUGUUCAACUGCUCGGUGCGCGGCUUUCCCGUGUCCGCGGUCACGUGGCUUCGCAACCAGCAGCCCGUCAUGCCCGGGGGCCGCGUGCGGGUCGUGGACCAGACCGAGCUGCACGUGAGCGCCGUGCAGAGGUCGGACCGCGGCAUGUAUCAGUGCGUCGCCUACGGACACGAGAGCUCGGCCCAGGGGGCCGCUCAGCUCGCGCUUGAAGAGAACCCGCCGGACUUCCUGGAGGCCUUCCAGGACCAGCUGCUCAAGCCCGGCCUGCCCGUGUCGCUCAAGUGCUCCGUGACGGGCAACCCGCUGCCGCAGAUCUCGUGGUUCCGCUACGGCCGCCUCCUGGCCGACCGGGCGGGCCUGCGCAUCGGCGACUUCGUGGACGCCUCCGGCGUGGUCACCAGCUUCGUCAACGUGUCGGCCGUGGCCACCGAGCACGGCGGCGUGUACACGUGCCGCGCCGAGAACGAGCUCGCCUCGGCCGAGCACACGGCGCGCCUGUCGGUGUACGGGCCGCCGUUCGUGCACCGCAUGGACAACGUGACCCACGUGAGCGGAGCCGACGUGCGCCUGCAGUGCGCCGCCUCCGGGUACCCCAUCUCGCAGGUCGUCUGGAAGAAAGACAACGAGAAGCUGCGGCCUUCGUCCAGAAUCCUGGCCAGUGACAACGGGACCUUGCACAUCGUUCACGUGACCCAAAGUGACCAAGGCUGGUAUGAGUGCGCCGUCAGCAACCGCAGGGGAAAUACGGCCGUCGGUUCCAUGUACCUCAGGGUCAUAGCUAGGCCUGUGAUUAAUCCCUUCCUGUUCAUGAAGAACGUCCAAGAAGGCAUGCGGACCACCGUGGUAUGCAGCGUCCUGUCCGGCGAGUCGCCCAUGGACAUCGACUGGCUCAAGGACGGCGCCCCGCUGAGUGACGUUCACCUGGAAGCCAAGAUCACGCGGCUGGGUGACUUCGCCUCGUCACUCACUAUGGAUAACGUGACGAGGAGGCACUCGGGAAACUACAGCUGCAAGGCCACUUCGGGGAUAGCAACGGCCAACUACACGGCGAGGAUGGACGUUAGCGCGUCGCCGAGAUGGAUGAAGCAGCCGAGCGAUCAAUCCUCCACCAGGGGACAGCGCACGGUGUUCGAUUGCGAGGCCGACGGGAACCCUCUUCCCGUGCACCGCUGGAAAGUGGCCUACGGCAAGAGAAGCGAGAAGGUCUCCGAGUUCAGGAGCGUCGUGAGCAGCCCGCACAUGCACGUGUUGGAGAAUGGAUCGCUGGUCAUAUCCGAAGUGACGCUUGAGGACCAGGGUCACUACCUCUGCGAGGCGAGCAACGGGGUCGGGCCGGCCCUGUCGGUCGUCGCUUACCUCGACGUGAACGUUCCUCCGUACUUCAAGGAGGAGUUCGAGACAAAGACAGUUCGCUCCAAGGACGACGUAACCAUCUCCUGCGAGGUGUUCGGGGAAACUCCGCUCACGGUCACCUGGUCCAAGGAUAGAAAACCUUUCGGGGACCUCGCUCUGCCACGGUUUGUUCUUCAAGAGGACACAACGGCUGAAGGAAUAGUUUCCAAAGUUUUCAUUCCGUCCGUGAGUCGCGAAGACUCUGGGGUGUUUGCCUGUGAAGCUACCAACUCUUACGGAAAGAAGGACCGCACGAUUCAACUCAUUGUUCAAGGUGCUCCAGAGACUCCAAGGGACAUUCACAUAGACCAAGUGACAAGCCGUUCCGUAACUCUCUACUGGACGCAACCGCACACGGGUAACAGUCCCAUCUUAGGGUACACAAUCCUCUACGUGCCUGAAACCGACAAGGUAACAUCGGCGCCCAUGAGCAUGCGUACCGGGACACCUAGCAACCGCGCCACACUCACCGGCCUCACUCCCGGGACGUCCUACAUUCUUCGAAUCGUGGCCGAAAACGCAGUCGGAAAAUCCGGUCCCAGCGAGGAAGUGCGGGUGUCCACCGACGAAGAAGCACCCUCCGGUUCUCCGUACGAAGUCAGGGUCACGGCAACAAGCUCAAAGACUAUCCACGUGCGGUGGAAGCCGCCACUGCAGGCGACUUACCACGGAAAGCUGAAGGGCUUUCACGUGGGCUACAGACCGAUAAACACGAGGGAGACCUUCCAGUUUCAAACGGUCAAGCUCGACGACAGCGAACACGACGCGGUCGCCGAGAAGAAGGAGCAGGAGUACGAGAUCCGCGGUCUGCGGAGGCACACCCAGUACGCCGUGGUAGUGCAGGCCUUCAACAACAAGGGCGCGGGCCCGUUGUCCGAAGAGGCCACGGUUCAGACGCUUGAAUUCGAUCCCCCACCGGCACCUCAGCUGUUCGUUACCUCGAAGUCGUCCUCUACGCUCGAACUGGAAUGGAAGUUUACUGAGGCUAGCGAAACACCUAUUACAGGAUAUGUGGUGCAUUACAAGAGCGAGUACGGGGAGUGGCAAGAGACGCAGGUGAACUCCAAAUUGAGCAAGCACCUGCUGACAAACCUGAUCUGCGGCAACCACUACCAGAUAACCAUCACUGCCUUCAACUCGGCAGGGAGGGGAGCACCAAGUGAAACUGUCAGCGCCGAGACCACAGGGAGAGGUCCGGUCCCACCUCAGGACAAAACCCAGAAUGUCCUUUCGGCCAACUCGACGUGCAUCUCUGUGAACCUGGACGGUUGGAGCGACGGCGGCUGCCCCAUCACCUUCUUCGUACUCCAGUACAAGCCGCACAUGCAGCAGGACUGGAUCCUGCUCUCCAACAACAUACAGAUGGCGCAGUCGCCCGUCACGCUGCCCGACCUAGCGCCCGGCACGUGGUACGACAUCAUGGUGUCUGCGUACAACGACGCUAGCGCCACUGAAGUCGAGUACCGCAUUGCCACGCUCACUCUCAGCGGAGCAACGGUGGCGCCCCUGGCGGCUCAGUCCCAGGAGAGCGGUGGGUCCCUGUUUCGUGACCCAGCCGUGCUGGUGCCCGUGGCCUGCGCGGUGGUCGUGGUGCUCGUCAUCUGCCUGGUCGUGGGCGUCGUGCUAGUGCUGCGCAGGCGCGAGAACGUCUACGACACGUGCCACACGCAGCACAUAUAUUCGAGCGAGUCCGUGCGCAAGACGGACAGCAUGUCCAUGUCGGCCUACCCCAAGGACAAGCAGCACUUCUGCGACUCGUCCGGAGACGAAGGCGCGGCGCAGCGCGAGCCGCUCUACUACCCGUCGCCGUACGCCACCACGCAGGUCUCGGCGGCCGCGUCGUCGGCGAUGGUCGCCGGAGAGAUGUGCGCGUCACCCGGACGGCGGCUGGCGUCGGCAGGCGGCGGCGACUUCGGCAGCGGCGGCGGCACGUUGCAGCGGACGCGCUACGGCGGCAACAGGACGCACCUGUACGACGUGCCGCUCAGGCCCAAACAGCAGAGUGAAGACUAUACAGCUUAUGCAAGGCUCUGGAUGCAACCGCUUCCCACAGGGGCGUUCAGUUUAGAUCAAGAUGGAGAAACGGACUUGUACGCAGAUUUUGUAGAAUUUGUCGGCAACGAGAGCAAGUAUUCAAGAGGAGAGGAAGUUUCACAUUACAGAAGCCCAAGAAAAUUCAUCAAAGCAGAGGUGCUGAUGAGUGGUGAAGUGAUGGACAUGGAAGAGCUCUCAGAGGCCGAAUGCGAUAGAGAUAGGCUUCGAUACCAUAUGUCAAAUCAAAACACCCUUGCGAGGAGUCAACAGGAUCAGUCAUCAUAUAAGCAUUUCACCGAGGUGUUUUGAACUUUGCCGCCGCUGCCUUGUUUUAUACAGUGUUAAAUCGAAAAAGAAAGACCAACUCUAAGCGGUCUGCAUCGCCUUAGAAGACCAUUGCAUCGGUGUGAAAUACUGUCAUGAUAGUGAGACAUCAUAGAUAUGCAUCUGAAUAACGCAUAAAUGUACUACGACUGUCCUUUAUGCGACAGCUCUCUGUUUAGGAAUCACCCAUAACAGCAUACAAAAAAUGAAGUUCUCCCCGCUUACAUUGCGCUAGACGCGCCUUUAGCCAGCUGGAGUUAUGUUUGGCACAAUCUAAUAAACAUUCCCAAUAAUUUGACGUAUAGACUAUGUGGGAGACAAGAUAUUUCUCAGGAAACACGGAGAAGCAUUGAAAAGGCGCAUCGCUAAUUCGAAGUAUAACAGUUGCGAAAGAUCGGCUUCCAAGCGCAAAGUCAGGCUCGUUCACUGCGUGAACUCGGAAACGCGCCAUAUGUACAAAUUUUCAUAUGCGAUUGGCCUAGGAAGACGCCUUUACUGCUAACGAAAGACAAGUACAGCGAGAAAAAACAGGAACGAUAAGGGCGCUGUCCUCACCUUUCUUUGGCGGUAACCAUGUCGUGCAGUAAAUACCAACUUGGCCAACUUGAAGUUCUUCUGAAGGCCUCGGAAGAGGCUGGCUGUACAGUUGAAGAACCACGAAAGGUGGCACUGUGCCAGCUUCUACAGCGCGUAAACAAUGCUUCCGUCAUCAACCGGACCUGAAGCGCGUAAGAAGCGCAAGUGAUCUGCUAGAUGGUUCCCUCUAAGAAUUACCUACACUGCAUUUCUUUCUUGCCUUAAAUAUUGGCUAAAGAGUCCCUGUAACACUUCUUCUUCCAAACUGAAGAACACACUGGAAUGCGUUCGGUGUACACCCGUGCAAUCUUUUAUUUUCCUUCUUUUUUUUUUUUUUUUUGAUAUCGCCCGAGCGUCGACCGCAAGGCGUGUCAGCGGUCUUGUGGCGGCUAGGGGUGCCGGGAUCGCCAACAGUAUAUACAGCACGCAAGGCGAUUUCCAGUGCAAAUGUCAUCUGCUGAGACCAGAUUAUAGGCAAAUGCCUGUUUGUUCUCGCGUGCCACGGUCACUACCUUCUAAUGUAUGAGCACAAAUUAUAAGCUAAGAGGUGGCUUGUCACUGACUUUAUAGUGCCUAUAAAUUCCAACUUCCGUCAUUUCCGUCUAUAAAUGCCUGUUGCUGUGUUUAGCAACCGAAAAUGAUUUUUUUUUUUUUUUUGGGGGGGGGGGCAUUCUCUAUUGCGAUAGCAAGUAUGUGGACCCUCCAAGCGAAUUAUGGCCUUUGGCAUCGAUGUCCCCAUGAGGUUCCGCAUCAAGUCCAGGUGCGAUAAGAUCGCGCCCCUCAUGCGGUAUAGGCUGUAGGUGCGAGAGAAGGCGCGCGAGGCUGAGCUGAGAAUGGUGCAAAGUUCAUUGGAGGUACUGUCGGCUAAAGUUACGUGGUCGCCUUUUUUUCGGCUCCUCCGCUUCUUUUGUGGUUGUGGUAACAUACCUGCCAAUGGCGACUCGCCUGAACUCUGCAGUAUGAUGAUGAUUAAGGUUUAUUGGCGCAAGGGCAUCUAAGAACUCUGCAGUAGACUAGCAACUAACUCGGCUCCUCUGCAAUAAACUAAAUAUAUGCCUACCACACAGCUCUCCCCCACACUUCAACCAUUUUCCUACCGUAUCUUGUAUUUUUCGUGCUUGCUCCGCUUGAUGCGUCCGUGUAAGCAAGGAAGUUCGGCUAUUUAACAUACACUAUAUCUGAUCGUAUAGCGUCAAGACAAACGUAUCAAGCGUGUUAGCUGCAGAACGUGGAUUAAGUGCGCUAAAAAUCCACUCUAUAGCCAUCUGCAUCGCUGUUCACUUAAUGAGUGCCCCUCACCGCUUCAAGGCCGCUGACAUGCCGUGCGGUCGUCGCUCACGCGAUAUUAGUAAAAUAUUGCGACGGUGUAUUUUAAUGAAUAUAUAUCAUAAAGAAAUUUUUGAUAAUAUUUUGUAAUAAUAAACGUGGUGCAACGCUUCCUAUGCUUACCUUCCCCAUUACCUUUCAAACUUUUUCUUUUUUUUUUCUCUCUCUCUCUAUAUAUAUAUAUAUCUCAUAUGGGGGGGCACCGGUAUAGCCACUGCACCUUUCUUGCGUUUUCUUCGUUCCGCGGGGAACAACUGAUAAAUUACUCAAGGUUGGCGUCUGACAAAGGUGCUGGAGAGCGUCAAAGUAGCCGCGACAGGACGGGCGGGACGCGUCAACAACCGCCACUUCCACGUUUGCCAGAAGAUCGGGUAGGUGCGCACGCGCGCAAGAACUUUCGCGCGGCAGUAACUCAUUGUCAUUAACGAAUUUCCCAAUGGCUCUCUUCUAUUGGACAGUCGCGCGCUGGUCUAUGACGUCCCAGGCUGGACAUAAUAGAGGAGGCCUUGAAAGCCUCGGGUAAGAGCGAGCUAUCGUUCGUGCGAGUUUGUGGACUCGCUGCCAUAUGUAGCAGAAUAAUAUUCCACUUAUAUGAUCAUGGCAGCAUUGUCUACAGAUCGCGAACGUUUUUGUUUGUUUGUUUGUUUGUUUGUUUUGUAGCGGUAAGAAGAAAGUGUUGCACUGUGCCUCCAAGUAGAAAAAUAAGGGCAUUAUUGCGGCAAAAAUAGUAAGAACACUAAUGAAAGCUAGGGAACCAUGCGCUAUAAUCGGUACACAUUUCAGUAACCACAGACAGGCUAUCUUUUUCAGCUUUCGUACGUUCUUUCAAACCAGGAGUCCUGGAUAAAUCUCCAAGAUGGACAACAGCAGGGCUCUCUUCUCUGCGUACAUUGGGUGCACGUUAAAGAGCCCCAGGUGGUCAAAAUUAAUCCGGAGUUCCCCACUACGGCCUGCCUCAUAAUCAUAUCUUGGUUUUGGCACGUAAAACCCCAAAAUAUGAAUUUUUAUCUUCUCUUUUAAGAACAAGUGUGCCAUUCGGCAUAUUGUCUUCGAUGACUCGCGUGCUCUUUGGAAGACUAGCACACAAGUACCGGCGUUCUGUUGGCGACCUUUUCAUAGAAAAAAACAAAAAACACUCAAGGGACGUUACUCGAAAAGUGCUACGCUAAACAUGCACUGCCAAGUCGUAGUGCUCGUUCGACAGUCUACCGAAUUCAUACGUCUAGCGUUCGUUUCUAGUAGCUAGCUGUGCAUCGUAAUUCCCCAAUACUACAGCCGUCCGAAUCCCCAGCCAGAGAAUAAGUCGGGCUACAAGCGUGAGUGCUGGCAUUGUGAAACCGCUUGUUGUAUCUGAAGCACUACAUUACAGCUUUUACUGGGUAAAUGGGCUCAGUACUUGGCUCGCGUGCGUCGACGUCCAAGUACAAAAACGUAGACUGUGGUAUGGUUGUUCAGCGUGAUUGUAUUAAUAAAACAUUAAUUUUCUUAUA